CGGCGCCAGGGAAGCGGGCCUCCCCGGGAAGGGCCGCCGGCAGCGCCAGCGACGCCCGCCAGAUCCGCGCCGGGCGGCCUUUCCCCGCCGCGGAGGAGGUGGGUAGCCGUGUUGGCCUGCAGUAGAAGAGCAAGAGCCGGGUCCAGGAACACCAUAAAGACCAACUAGAUUUCCAAGAAAUGGCGCUCCAUCGCAACCAGAAGCUGAACCUCCUGCGAAUUGCAGUGCUGCUGACUGCAGCCCUGGCCGGCCUCAAGUUUUUCUUCCGAGACAGUUUCAUGCUGGAUCAGCACAAGGGCCCCAGCAGAGAGAGCAGCUUCUGGGACAAAGCCCGCGACCGCGAGGAGUCAGCCAAGCCAAGGGAUGGAUCCUUGGAGCUUUCGGAGGUCAAGGCAGCCGCCGUCAGGCAAGAGAGUCGGAAGCAGCCAGUCCAGGAUUUCAGCACCACCCAGAUGCGGCUGGUGCACCUCGACCUCAAGGGGGCAGCCCCAAAAGUGUCCUACCUGGAGCAGGUCUUUCCACUGUUCUCCAAACUGGGUGCGAAUGGGGUCCUGAUUGAGUAUGAAGAUAUGUUUCCAUUCAAGGCAGAGCUGGAAGUUCUUAAAUCUCCAUAUGCCUACAGUGAAGAAGACAUCGAGAAAAUUCAGGAUCUGGCUGAGCUCAACAAACUGGAGGUGAUCCCCUUGGUGCAAACCUUUGGACACGUGGAGUUCAUCCUGAAGCAUGACCGGUAUCGGCACUUGCGGGAGGUGGAGCGUUUCCCCAACAGCUUCAACCCCCAUGUCCCUGAGACGUUCACCCUCCUGAAGGCCCUGCUCACCCAGGUGCUAAGCAAGCACCGGCGUUCCAGCUGGGUGCACAUUGGGGCUGAUGAGGUCUUCCACUUAGGGGAAGGGAUGGAUUCAAAGAACUGGCUGAGUCGCAAUGCGGGUGAUGUGGGCAAGAUGUACCUGAACCACAUCCAAGAGGUGGUGCGCUUCGUGGCCAGCCAGGACUGGGGACUGCAGGUGCUCAUGUGGGACGACAUGUUGCGCAAGAUCAGCGUGGCAGCUGUCCAAGAUUCUGGCAUCACCAAGUACGCUUCACCCAUGUUGUGGUUCUAUGCCCCAAACUUUGAUACACAACAAAUAGGGAAAUACAUCUCUAAAUACGCUGAGUGUGGCUUCGAGACCAUCUGGUUUGCGAGUGCCUUCAAAGGCACCACCGGCCCUGCCCAGGCCUGGACCCCCUUGAACCACCACCUGCAAAAUCACUUGCAAUGGCUGAGCAUCAUGCAGUCCAUGGCCAAGACCCCCUUCACCAGACUCCAGGGCAUUGUGCUCACAGGCUGGCAAAGGUAUGACCACUAUUCGGCCCUGUGUGAACUGCUUCCCGUCGGGAUCCCAUCACUGGCUGUGUGUCUGCAGACCUUGGUGAAUGGUGGAUUUAAUGAAGCAACCAAAAAGAAGGUCUUGGAUCUCCUGGGCUUCAAAAGCCUGCAGCUGGAGAAGAGCACCUGUGCUGGCAAUGGUGCCUUUCCAGGCUCGGAUAUCUAUCGGAUGGUCGAGCAAGUCAAUGGGCAGCUGAAAGAUGCUGUCACCAAAGUCCUGGAAGAGGAGAGCUCCAUCAAGGGAUGGUUCAGCCCAUAUCACCGCAAACACCACUUUGGCAAUCCACGCAACAUGGAGGGCUUUGGCAGCAAAGUGCUCAAGGUCCAUGAGGACUGGGAGAGCAUCAUCCAAACGCUGCGCUCACACAUGGAGGCCAUCUACUUCCCGGACACAAUCGAGGAGUGGAUGGAGGAGAACGUCAACCCGCACAUGGACCAGCUGCGCAAGUUUGUCUGGGACUUCAAGGAAAUCAUCCGCCUCAAUGCUCGACCCAAGACGCAGUAGGGACUGCAGCCCUGCUGCAAGAUGGCAGCCUGGAAAGAGCCCUCUGGUCUGGCUGCUCCUGUGUUCUUUGUUUGACUUGGAAGGUGCUCUGUGUGGGGGGGGGAUGUGGCUGCUGUGGGGACAGAGGCUCGGCGGGUGGACUUUCCUUCCCAUCACUGGGCCGGGAGACAGAGGCUGUUCCCAGCAGGCCUGCCCCCCCUCUUGCUUCAGGAUAGCCUACAAAAGCAAGAUGACGGAUCAGAGUGGAGAGACUUCCACGGGAAAGGGAAGAAGCCGAAACCCUUUUUGGCAACUCCCCUGGGGCAGAGGCCCCCCUUUCUGAGGGCCGUGUUGGGCAGUGAACCAGAGACACCCGCUGCCCUUUCCUGACACCCCCCCCCCCCAAAUCCUUUUGCCUCCUCACAACUUCGUUUUUCUGUAUUUGAGGCCAGGCCGUUCUCCCUGGAGCGAGUGGAGACUGGACCUGGGGCACCCAGUUGCAGGUGCCUGGCCUCAAUUUCUCUCCCUUGCCCAGAUCAGGGUCUAGUGAGCGCUGCUUUGAGUGCUGAUGGUGUGUCUUUCCAGUUCCAACCUGCCCUCUCCAGUGCCAGGAAGGGCUGUCCUACUGAAUAAGGCCGUGGGCUGGCGGGAGAGCCGCGGUUGACUUGAGGCCUGCCGCAGGAGCAAAGGUGCGAUGAUGCAGGCUCUCUUACGGUACAGCCCUUGUGCAGGAGAGCAGGACAUGUUUUGUGUGUCACCAGCAGCAGACACGGGUCACUUUCAUGGCUCCCUUGACAAAUCUCUCUCCUCUGAAGCAGCGGCCAGGCCUGGUGCUGUGACCACGUACCUGUGCACCUGGGCAGAAUUUGUCUACAAUGAAUGCAGAUGCAGCAAGCGCACCGCCUACUAUUGCCAAGGCCUCCUCGGAGGAUUUCUGUAUCUGCUGCUGCAGUCGACCAAAAGUGGGUCUUGAGGAGGGAGACUUGGCACAUUCCUUGUACAACAAGCUGCGUAGCUAAAGCCAGCUCACUUCAAACCCCCACCCCUCUGAACACCCCCCCCCUUCCUGCUGCCGGGUCACUUGCCUCCCCCUUUCCUCCCCGUCGUCCAGUGUGGCCCAUGCUGCCGUGUGAGUGGGAGAAGAGAAUGAGCGCCCGCCGAUGGCUGUGGUCUUGGUGGUGCUGCUUUGUCUCUGAAGCUGUGAAUGACAGCGGCUGUCCUGCCCUGGCCAGGGGGCUCUCAGUUGCUUCUGGGCCCAUGUGGUUGGGCGUUUCCGAGUUUUCUUGCUGGGAGCUGCACCCCCCCUCCCCCCAUACAGAACAGAAUGCUUCUGUGAUGUGGAUAUUAAUAAUAAAACAAAAAGUAUUUUUUCUAA